AUGGCAUCCCUUGAGACCGUGCUGAACAAUAAUGUCAACCUGAAGGACUAUGGCCCAGGUUUGGUGGCCGUGUUCGUGGGCGGAACCAGCGGGAUUGGCGAAGUGACUGCUCGUGCCUUAGUACGAGACACAGUCUCACCGCGAGUGUAUCUCGUUGGUCGCAAUGAGAAGCAGGCGUCCAAAAUCAUCGAGGAACUCCGCCAAGUCAACCCCGAUGGGCAGAUUAGCUUCGUGCACUGCGACGCCGCUCGCCUCAAGAGUGUAGACGAGGCUUGCAAGACCAUCCAGGAGAAGGAGGAGAAAGUUAAUCUGUUGUUCAUGACCGCUGGAAUAUUGACGACCAAGGGGCCAGAUGAAACGGAUGAAGGGCUGGAUAAGAAACUCAGCCUGCACUACUACUCUCGUAUGCGGUUCUUGACGAAUCUCAUGCCGCAAUUGACCAAGGCUGGUACGGCUGCCGAGGCCUCCACUUCAGCCCAACCGGGUCUCUACCGAAAUCUGUCAAGGGUUGUUUCCGUCCUGGAGGCCGGUGGCGAAGCACCCCUUAUCCUCGACGACUUGUCUCUCCAGAAGAAUUAUUCUCUCCGCAACUGCGCCAAGCAUGCCAUUACCAUGACAUCUCUGUCCAUGGAGCAGUUGGCAUCGAUGUACCCAGCGACAUCCUUUGUCCACGCCUACCCGGGGGCGGUAAAAACAGGCCUGAUGCGCGAGUUCGGGGCGAUCACCCGCACCGCCAUGAGUGCCCUUCUCGUUCUGGCUCGCCCCUGGAUGGUACCAUUGGACGAGAGUGGUGAGCGCCAUCUAUACGCCGCCACUAGCCCCCGGUUCCCGCCAAAGGCCUCCAAGGACGUUGAGGGUGCGGCACCGGGCUCCGACGGGAUCAAAGGCAGUGGAGCGUAUUUGUUGCAUUGGGAUGGAUCUGACAAUGGGAACAAGAAGCCCCUGCAAGAACUUCGCAAGAAUGACACUGGCAAAUUAGUCUGGCAGCAUACUAUGGGGGGUAUUUGA